AUGGCUGUUUCGAUCAACGAAGGACGCCGCUAUCUGGACAUGUUCGGAAAGUCAUGCCGCUUGGAAGAACAGAUGAACACCCUUUGGCACACUACCAACAUUUACAUGCACCCGAAGAUUCACGAGUACGCUGAAAAGCUGCUAUCGAAGCUCCCAGCCGAUUUGAACAACGUGUACUUCGUCAACUCCGGCUCGGAGGCUAACGAUCUAGCAUUGAUGAUUGCUCGACUCUACACCGGAAAUAGCGAGAUCAUCAGUUUCCGCAAUGCGUACCAUGGAGCAUCACCUUACACUAUGGGUUUGACUGCACAUUCAACGUGGAGGUAUCCUUUGUCGGGAGUUGCAAAUGGAAUAAUCCACGCUAUGAACCCUGAUCCAUAUACGGGCAUUUGGGGUGGUAAGAACUGUAGAGAUUCACCGGUUCAAACCACGCGUCACUGCGCUGCCCCGCGGAUCAGUGCUGGCCAGUGGGCGUACUAUGAACAGUUGGAACAGAUCUUCAAAUAUUCCUUACCGCGUGGUAAGGUGGCAGCUAUGUUUGCCGAGUCGAUUCAGGGAGUCGGUGGAACCGUUCAGUUCCCCAAAGGAUACAUCAAGAAGGCGGCGGAACUGGUUCGCGCGAAUGGAGGACUGUUCGUGGCAGAUGAGGUUCAGACGGGUUUCGCUAGGACCGGUGAGCACUAUUGGGGCUUUGAGGGGCAUGAUAUUGUGCCCGAUAUAGUCACGAUGGCGAAGGGUAUUGGAAAUGGAUUCCCAAUUGGGGCGGUGGUGACGCGGAAGGUGGCUGAAACAUUGUCACAAGCGUUGCAUUAUACUUAUGGAGGGAAUCCUCUGGCCAGUGCUGUUGGCAUUGCCGUGUUGGAUGUUAUUGAGGAAGAAGGAUUGCAACGGAAUGCUCGUGAUGUUGGCACGUAUCUGCUUAAAGGACUAGAGAAACUACGGGAUAAAUACGAUGUCAUCGGAGAUGUACGAGGAAAGGGACUGAUGAUCGGUGUUGAGCUGGUAGCGGAUAAGGAAACACGACAACAUCUCAGUGCACCACACUUUGUGGAAAUUUGGGAGAUGUGCAAAGACAUGGGCGUCUUGUUCGGAAGAGGCGGUUUGAAUGCCAACGUUAUAAGACUGAAACCCCCCAUGUGCGUCAAUAUGUCCGAUGCAGAAUACGCCCUAACCGUGUUUGACUAUGCCUGCCAAGCCUACCAGAAUAAGCGGAAACGUGGCUGCAGAAAGAGUUAGUUUAGAAAACAUCGUUGUGUGCAUUCCGGAAGCUCUGUGAUUUAAAAAAAAAUGAAUGGAAAAUUUCUAGUUUAUAAGUACAUAUAGUAGAUGUAAGAAGUCAUUCCAUUCUUCGACUAGUACUGUGAUUCAUGAUAAUAGAGUAACUAUAAACGGCGAUUCGCACAUAUUGCCAAUACAAUUUAUGGAAAAUGUGAAUCGUCGAAGAGCCUAAGAUAUGACCAUCAUUUUAUUGGCCACAAUGGUCAGACAUAAGCUAUAAAGUUCAAGCAGUGCAAUCUAUCAUUCUGAAACGUAACAAAUGCAUUCCAUUUAGAAUACAACAAAAAUAUGAUUUUAA